AUGUAUGGAAAAUAUAUAAAAAAAUGUCUCGUGAACAGCUGUAAUCAAGAAAAAAAUUGCCUUUUUUACACAAGCCAUAAAAAAUGUCCUUUUUCAACAAAACUUCGUGUAUGAACAUAUAAUGUCAGGAUGUGCACGAGGAAUUUUUUGGUCGAAUUUUUUUAACGUUUUAAAAUAUGUAUUUGGACAAUGGGUGCAUAUACACCUAUGAGCCAAAGUGAAUUUCCGGUAAUACCAUACACUAUCAUGCUAGUAUACAAUACAAUUGACAAGUAGAAUACGGUAUGAAACCUUACCAACACCCGACAACGAACAAGCAUGCAUUCUAGAAGACACAUGCCGAGCCUUCAAUGGCAUAAACAGUCACUGGGCCCAUGUACUAAAGCUCCCAGAAAUCCGCAUCUGACGUUUUGGCUCUCUGGAGCACAUGCUUCCAGGUGAACAGUACCCUGAAAAAACAUAAAAUGUUGUCAAAAGAUUCUGAAAAAGUUGUAGAUGAUCAUGUUGGCGUCGUAAGCAUGCUAGAAAGUUUUCAUGCGGAAUGGAGCAGCUGUGUUCGUUGGUGAAAAAAACAAAAUUAGGGUGACAUUUGGUCUUCGUUUUGUUUUUUUUCGCAGGCGAAAAUGCUUAACUUGUUUGCCUCAAAAUGUACAGGUAGCAUUUGUAUGUGACAAAGAUCACAUACAAACUUUAUCUCAAUUUUUUUGAUAUUUAAAAUAAAUUUUCCCCGGGAGCAGGAGCUCCCAGGAGCCAAAUUGACUUUCCGCCUGAUAUAUGUCUAACAAUAGUUAUGACGUCACCUGACAGAGUGAUUAUAAAAUAUACAACUUUAUGCGCCCUGGAUAAAAUAACAAAUAGCUGAGUUCAUAUAUAUGUCAUAGUGAGCUGAAAUGAUAAUCUCUUUUGCUGCGAGCACACAAACUCAAAUUUUCAGAAUCACUCCAUUGGAUCAAUAUUUAAAAGUUUAUCAACUACAUUUUUCUUUCUUUCUUGAAGGCACAGUGUUGCAUCAUUUUUAUAAUGAUUUUUGGGAACUUCUACACCAUCAAAACCUUAAACGAGUAACCAACAUUGAUAGAAAUCCCUAUCCUAUAUAUAUUGCUAUUCUCAUAGCAUCGUAUUCUUUGUGCUGAUUAAUUAUGGCAUGCAGAUACAAGAGUCUGGAAUCUUGACUCCGACUUGGAGGCUGGGAAAAAACUGCUUGCCAAAGAAAUUGGGAUGAACACCAUUGUUUCCAUCAAGAGGGCUCCCAAGGUCCGUGGGGAACUCCGUGGCGCGGACGAAGACAGCUACACACCGCACCGUGUGCCGAUCGGCCCUUACCAUCACAAUUGCUCAUCUUCAUGGAUUGCAAAAGAAAAGCUGCGCUAUGUCGGCUUCAUGCAGAGUGUCUCCGAAAGAUACAAGGCAGAUGGUCUUAAUGGUCUAGUGGAGGAAUUGGAGCCCCGAGCAAGGGAGUGGUACGGGGACGGGGUUGACCACAUGACGCCGGAAGAGUUGGCGAGGAUGCUGCUGCAUGAUGGGUGCUACCUGCUGGGUUGGUUGGUGAACUAUCCGGACGCCCCUCAAACAUCCUGCAACGACCACAACACGGUGUUUCGCGACAUCCUUUACCUCAUUGAGAACCAGUUGCCUUUCUUUGUUCUUGACAAGAUUCACGCGCGCGCCACAGGAGGCUCCAGUUGCCUACUCCACUACAUGGCAACAUACAUCCAGAGUCUGCUGCAUGCUCAGCUCUACAUCAGCCAAGGGAAGCAGAGGCUGAUGGAGCAGCCAUGGCACCUGCUGCAUCUAGUGCACGAAUACUUCCGUCCAGCCAACUUGCCGAAGUCCACAGAUCCGCAGCAGACCGGGCGCACUGGUCGGUGGCGCCGGGCGACGGCAUACCGCUUGCACGCCAAGGUGAGGUUCAUGCCCCGGGACUUCGCGGCCGAAGUAAAUUCGGUCCUCGACGUGCGCCUUGAAGGAGGCACACUGUGGGUCCCUCGCCUGCAAGUCUGCCGGGACACGUGGACGCUCCUACGUAACCUGAUGGCGCUGGAGGAGCAGAUGCCCAAGAGGCCAGUCACGGCGUACUGCAUCUUCAUGUCGCAGGUGGCGUGCACGGUGGAGGACGUCCGGCUCCUGGUUGAUGCAAAGAUCGUCCAACACUUUGAGGGCAGCGACGAGCAUGCUGCCCAAGGCUUUGCCGACCUCUGCAAGGGGGUGGUCAUGGACGUCGACAACAUCGACAGGAACUACCUCAAGCCCAUCUGGCAUGACCUGGAGAAGCGCCACAAGAGCCGCGCACACAACUUUUGGGGCGGCCACUCACAGCGUGUGGCCAUCGCCUUGGCAUUACUAGUGGUUGUCGUCCUCCUUGCCUGUGUAGUGACGCAAACUUUCUAUGUAAUUAUCGGCUAUCGGCAACAAACAAAACAUUAGUGUCCUUUUAGUUUGGACAAUUUGUUAGGGCAUGCAGUACUAUGGUUUGUUUACCUAUUAGUUUAUGAGUCCUUUUACGGUACGUCCAGAAAUAAGAGAAGAGUGUCUCACCGAGCCUCCUCAGCGAUUUGGAUUUC